AUGGCAGAGUAUGCACAGCCUGCCACGGGCUGUGCACAGCAGGAGUCAUACGCCGCCACUGCGUAUCAGCGGCUGUCGCAUCAUCAUCAUCCUCAUACAAUCACCUCCUGCGCAUUCAUAUUCUCUACCUUGAUGGCCUUAAUCGUGACCAGUAUCUUUGUCGUACUAUUCAUCUUGUUGAUCAUCUUCCGUCUCCAACUCCCCGAUUUCUCUGUCACUCACGCCACUAUCUCCUUUUCCAACUCCUCUGGGAACCAAUUGACGGCCAACUGGGAUGUGAACGUCACCAUCUUCAAUGGGAACAAGCACUUGGGAGUCAACUAUCAGUACGUCACGGCCGCCAUUGGCAAUAAGGACGACCCUUUGGCCAACACAUCCCUCCCUCCACUCUACCAGAGGAAGCAGAACACUACCACCAUCUCUUUCCACAUUGUCAUCCACUUCGGCAGCAAAUCGAUGAAAGUCUCCGAAUCGAAGGCAAGCCAGUUAAAAACUAAGUCCGCUCCAAGUGAUGGUAUGGCUUAUUUCGACAUGCAGUUGCAGUCGGCAAUGCAGUAA